CGCACACACGUGAUGCUGCCGUGACAACCUGGCUGCCCCAGGAUUGCUGGGGAGGAGAGAGCCGUGGCACGGCUGUUUGGAUGAUAACUUAUGGCUUCCCAAGAAGAAAAACAAUCUCAACCCUUCACAGACAUCUUUGAUGAGGAUGAAGCUGAAAAAUUCUUUCUGUUGUCCAAGCCCACAUGCAUAAUGGUCCUUGGAAAGCCUGGUUCUGGAAAGAAAACAUUAGCUAGAAAACUAGCACAAGUAUGGAAAUGCAUUUUAAUAGAAGCUUUGGAAGUAAUUCAAAUGAAUAUUCAUGAAGAAACAGAAUAUGGGCUUAAGUGUCAAGAAUUGCUUUUCAAAGGUCAAAGUAUUUCUGAAGAACUUGUUACAGAAAUGAUUCUGAAAAAGAUUGAGUCACCAGAAGUUGCACAUUUUGGUUAUGUUCUCAGUGGAUUUCCUUCUCUCUCAGAGGAAUACAUGACUGUUUCACAGCAAAUGGAGAAAAUAAAAAAUCUGAAAUUAAAACCAGAUUUCCUGAUUAACAUUAAGUAUUCAGACUAUGACUUAUGCCAAAGAAUAUCAGGACAAAGGCAACGCCCUGAUUCAGGGCAAGUAUAUCAGAGGAACCAGUGGGAUCCUAAUCUUAUAGAAAAACAAAGGAAAAAUAGUGAUCAGCUUGAAGAGGAGAAUGAAGAAGUUGAAGUUGAAGAGAUGGAAGAAGAGACUGUGCAAGAUUCACUUACAAUGCCAGAAAUGAUUCAUCAGUUAGUGCAAAGGCCUGAAGAUAUGCUUGAAAAUAUAAAGGAAAGAGUUUGCUUGUAUAAGGAUACAAUGCUUCGUUCUUUAGAAGAUUUGAUGGCUGAACAGGAUUCACAGAAUCUUAUUGAACUGGAUGGAAAUCAGGAACCAGAUGAACUUCUUGCUUCAGUGGUAAUUCGACUUCAGUCUAUGGGAGUUCGAAAUGGAGCUCCUAUAAUUAGGCUUCAGAGUCGGCAAGAAGAAAUGCUGGAAGGACUGGAAAAUGAUGAGCUUUUCCGUGUUCUGUCAUCAUUCGAGCUAAUAGCACCCAGAUACCGAUGGCGUAGAAGCAGGUGGGGACAAGUAUGUCCUGUGGCUCUAAAGAAGGGUGAUGUUGUAAUGGGAAUGCCAGAUUUGGCUGUCAGUUUUCUAGGUAAAAUGUACACGCUGUCAUCCCCAGAGGCACUGAAAACAUUUAUGUUGAAUCCACGCCCUUACUUGUUACCACCAAUGCCAAUGCCUCCUUGUAAAGUUCUAGUAUUUGGUCCUCCAGUGUCAGGGAAAACCACUAUUUGUAAUCUAAUUGCAAGCAAAUACAAAGGAAAGGUUCUUGAUAUGGCUGAACUCAUUCAAUCUCAUGUGGAAGAAUUGAGAGAAAAAAACAUUGAGCAAAUACGGAGUGAUGCAAUAGAAAAGGCUGUAACAGCAGUGAAAAAGAGGUUUGAAGAGGGGAGCAGUACAGAAGAAUCUGCUGUCAUCCCAGAAGAAAUGUCAGAGUUAACUGCUGACCACCCAGAAGUUCAAGCGGUGGUGGAAGAAGCUGUGAAAAGGGCAUCAAAAUCUGAAGUGAUGUUGUCACCUGAAAUACAUGCAGAAAUACUGGAGAGAGCUAUUGCAGAGCUUAUGAAGAAGAACAAAGACAGGUUUCCUGGUGCUCCAGAAAAAGGAGGAUGGGUAGUGGAUAACUAUCCUCUCUCAGAAGGUCACUGGUCAGCUUUGUCAGAAAGAGGACUUCUGCCUGACACUGUUGUCUGUCUUAAGGAUACAGAAAAUGAUGGAGGCUGUAUAUUACACAGAACAUACUUAGCAAAUAAGGAUGAAAUUAAUUCUAAGAUCUUGAGAAGACUAGCAGAUGAAGCAUUAAAAAAGAAAGAAGAAGAGGAAAGGGAAAUGCAGGAAAUGCUGGCACCAGAGGAAGAAGAGCAGUCUCAAGAGGAUGCUGAGGAGAAAGAAUCUGAUGAUGAUGAUAAGCAGCUUUCAUCUGAAAGUGAACAAACAUCUCAGAAACAGUCCCGUGAUUCUACAGAUUAUAAUGAAGAAUCUGAAACUACAGAAAUCAUGCUGCCUGAGUUUGAAGAGAAUGAUUUGCUAGAUAUACCAGAAAUGGAAACAAUUAAAGAGAAGAUUGACCUCUUCAUGAACGACUGGCAAACAAUGGAGUCAGAAAUCAAGCAGUCAUCCCAAAUUCAGGUUGUUGCUUUAGAGAUUGCUGAGCAAACUCCAGAAAGUCUGCUUAAUCAAAUUAUCUUGGUUAUGGAAGAACCUUUUAAAUAUCAUGGCUGGGAAUUAUCUAAUGAAGACUUAGACGAGGAAGCAGAAGACCUAGCUGCUGAAGCAGAAGCUAUAGAAGAUAAUGAAGCUGAGGAAGAGGAAAAUGAAGAAGAUGAAGAAAAAUCUAAGGAAAAGAAAAGACACAUGGGAGACACGAAACACUUCUGUCCGGUCAGUCUGAAAGAGGAUUAUGUCCUUUAUCCAGGACUGCCUGAACAUGCAGCUAAAUAUCGAGAAAAGAUUUAUUACUUUUCAAAUCUUGAGUACAGAGAGAAAUUUCUGAAGAACCCUGAGGAGUAUGUGGCUCACAAAGAACCGUUACAGGCUCCUCCCUUAAGGGUGUGUUUGCUGGGGACACAUGGAGCUGGUAAAACUGCUUGUGCACGAUGGCUAGCAGACAAAUUUGGCAUUUUCCAUAUUCAAUUUAAAGAAUAUCUGCAAGAACUGCUCUUACCCAAAACUAAGGAGAAAAUUGGUCUUGAUUUUGAUGAAGAACCUGAAGAAGAUGAUGAAUUACAGGAACUGCAAGACUUAUCUCAGACCACGACUAAAACGGAAGAUGAUGAAAGCAAACAGGAAGUGGAGUUAACUGAUGAGGAAGAAGCUAUCAAAGCAAAUCUAAUGGAUGCUCAGCCAUUACCUCCAGAAGUACUUGACAACAUUGUUCCUGAUUGGUGGAGGAAAGAACCAUUCCGGUCCACAGGAUUUAUACUGGAUGGUUUCCCUCGUACUUUAGACGAAGCCCAGUAUUUGUCAGAACGAGGACUCUGUCCUGAUGUUGCUGUUUAUAUUCAUGUAGAAGAAACUGACAUUCUUGACCGUCUUUUACCUCCACGUCUAAAAAAGUGGAAAGAAAGACAGCAUAAAAAAGCAGAAAAUAAAAAGAAACUGAAAGAUCUGAAAGCAAAAAUAAAGAAUGAGAAGAUUGCUAGAAGAAGGGCAGAACUCCUAGCAGAACAAAAAAAAAGGAAGGAGGAGGUUUUAGCAGAUGGGGAAGAUUAUGAAACCAGUGAGGAGGAAGACGAGACUGCAAAUGAAGACAUUGAAGCUAUACUUGAAGAAGAGUUUUUCGAACAAGAAGAAGAAGAGCCUGAAGAAGAACAAGAGAUUGAUGCUGUUGAGCGCAUGCAAAAUGAGAUUGUAGAAAGGUUUGAUUCAGAAAGAGAAAGCAUAGAAGGUGUACAGGAAGAACUUGAAAAAUUCUUAAUACCACAAAUGGAGAUCAGUGGAAGACGGAAGCUGCGCAUAGUACGCUACCAAAUGUAUUGCAAGCUGAAUUCUUUAGUGGAAAAUCGUGGAAGCAUUUUUGAAAAAUGUUACCCAAUAAGUUUGCCACUUGCACAUAAGAUGUUAGUUUUGUCAUAUAAAUUUCCUAGUUCUUUUGGUCAGUGGGAUCCAAUCAAGCUAAACGAAGGAGAGAUAAUCAAGCCAGCACAAAACUAUGAAAACACACUCUUUCCUGUAAUUCAUCGACAAUAUGUUUAUUUUUUUUCAAGUAAAAAAAACAGAGAAACAUUUAUGAACAAUCCCAUCAAAUAUAUUUGUCAGCCGAAGCCUAAACCACCUGUGCCAGUUAAGAUUGCAAUCGUGGGACCUCCAAAAUCUGGGAAGACUACAGUUGCCAAGAAAUUUGAAAAUGUGUAUGGACUACGUAGGCUGAGCAUGGGAGAUGCCAUACGGUUCGUGUUAAACAAUCAGCCAGAGAGUGAGUUGGGGCUUCAGUUAAAGUGGCAUCUUCACAGAGGGCUGACCAUACCUGAUGAGCUGGCCAUCCAGGCCCUGGAUGUGGCCCUGAUGGAUCGUGUGUGUGCUACCAUUGGAGUUGUUAUUGAUGGAUACCCUGUAACGAGAAAACAAGUAAACCUCUUGGAAUCAGCUAGAAUAAUUCCUGUGAAAAUCUUUGAGUUAGAAAUGGACGCAAAGGAACUAUUCAGAAGAGCUCUGCUGGAUAAAGAAAGCACAAAUAGACCUUCCUACCCUGUACAUGACAGCUCACAGAUUCUGGCAAUUAAAAAUUCCUACUAUAGGCAACAUAUUGACGCAAUUAGGACUUAUUAUAAGAAAGAGCAUCAGAACUGGUGCGUGAUCGAUGCAUUUCAGAGCAAGUGGUGGAUAUGGGACAGAGUUCUGCAGGAAGUUCAAGUGAUUGUUAAAGAAAUCCAGAUAUACCUGGAAAGAAUAAGAGAAGGAAAAGCAGCCAGCAUUGCUGAUUUAUGCAUCACCCCUGAAGAGCUGCAGUAUCGGCUGGGAGAGUUUGGACAGUACUGUCCUGUCAGCCUUGCAGACAGGGGUGAACUAGUUGACUGCUCUGUAACAUCGUCACUACAGUUUGCUGCAGAGUUUCGAGCACACUAUUACAAAAUGGCUUCACAGGAAGAAUUGAAAAAAUUCUUGAGCAGACCAGAGAUUUAUGUGCCACCACUGGCACCUCACCCUCUUCCACCUCCAGAUAAGUUACCACAAAAACUGACAGCAGCAGAAGUGAAGGCCUUAUUCCCUAAAAGUGCUGAAAUGCAAGGAUACUGUCCAGUCACUUACCUAGACGGAAAACAGAGAUAUGAAGCUUUGGUGCCUGGCAACACUGAGUACGCUGCAAAAUAUCAGGAUAAGCUGUAUGUUUUUGAAAGUGAAGAAAAGCUUCUGAAGUUUAUGAGGUUACCAGAGAAGUACUGGAAUCUGAAGCUUCCACAUAAGCUCCCUCCUGUAAGGGAGCCGAUACUACUCACUGCACUUCCCAUGGCUGGAUACCUUGAGCAGGGAGUAGCAAUUUCUCUAAUAAAAGCUCUGAAUGAAGUAGGAUGCUUAAAGCCAAAGUUCCCAUUUCUAAGUGUAAGAAGAACUGCUCUCCUUUUUGUGGCCUGCCAUCUAAAAGCGCACAACGCCCGCAGCCCGGUGCACAGGAGACAGGCGUACCGCAAGCGGCUGGCGCGGCUCGGCGAGCACUGCGAGCUCAUCCCCUACCUGGGGAGGGCGAUGCAGCGCGAGUACACGGAGCCCCAGCACCGACCGCCCGGCUUUGACCUCAAGCUGCAGACCUUCCUGUCGCUGAAAGACACCAGCCCAAGCUUUGUCUAG